AAUGCAGCGUACAAGCAACCUAUCUGCCUAUGUUUAUUCAAAUUAUUUGAAAUUGCAAAUGUAUCUACGCAGUUAUACAUAAAUUUAGUACUGUUUUAUUAAUACAGUCUCUACCGAUAUCCAGCUAUAUAUAUCGUUUUUGUUUUUGGAGUUCUGCACUGUAUAAGCGAUUCUGUAAGCCUUAAAUGUUAUCGAAAUUCCAUACAUAAUGACAUGCAAGUAUAUAUUAAUCUGCAAGUUUAUUUUUUGUUUAUAUCAUUUUUGCGUAAAAUUAAAAUACUGGACGAAUAUGUCCAACUUGUAAUGAUAACAAUCUGGAUAGACUUUCUUCUCUAGGGGUAGUCAAAAAUAAACUAAUUAUCGGUAUGAAUUUCGAACUAACUCGUUCAAUGAUGUUUAAACUUACCUAUAGAGUUCAUCAUAAAUAUAAGUUUAUAAUAAGUAUAAUACUAAGUGUUAGUAUGCAUGAAGUGAAAUCGUUCCCGUUCACUUAAUUUUAUGGUAAAACCACUUUCAAGCGAUGAACAGUUCUGUGUAUCUUUUUUUUUUACAUUUUAAUUAGAACGAUCACCUCUGCAGUCUUUUUUCUGUUAAAGAAUUAUAACCUCUACGACUGAAAAAUUCUUUGUAUACAUUACAAAUUAGAUAUAAAAUCAAGUGAAAACUAAAAUCUCACAUAAAAAAUGAAAAUAUCGACAUAUCUGAGAAACCCAUUAAAUCUUUAAGAGUAUAACAGCAAUUCUAACCAAAAGACUGGGCCUACAUAUCGAAAGAAAAAAAAAGAAAGAAGCAAACACUUCUUAGAACCAAAGUGUUUAUUUGAAAAAAAAAAUCGUCACUUUUUGAUAAUGAAUUUAAAAUAUAAAAAAUGUUGUACCGAAGACAUCUGGACGCCAGUCCAUUUUAAAGUGGAUAUGACAAACUGGUUUCAUAAUGACACCCCUUACGGUAAAACCUACUGUGGGAAUUUACAAGCCUGCGACAGAAGAGACUCGCGGGAGAAACUCUCUUUGACUAACUGGCAGAUUCAGAAUAAAGAAAGAAGCAAUAGUUCAAUUACAACGACUAUUUGUCCAAAUGAAAGUAUUAAUUCCGAAAUAAGUCCAUCAUAUAUUUGCUCAAGCAAUAUGGAAUACUGCAGUCCAACAAAUCAGUCAGCUAUUAUCAGAUUUAAUGAUCCGUGUGAUUGCUAUUUAAGUUUAAUAUCCAGUAACAGCCGAGUAUUUGAUUGCAUAUCAGAAAGUACUGGAGAGAAUAUAGUCACAGAUGAAUCAAAUGACAGUUGCCAAGAAUGUCUACGAAAUAAAUCACAAGCUAAUGUUACUCAACGUAAAAAAAUGCCUGUAGAAGAAGAUCGUUUAUCGGAAUUCGAUGAAUAUUGUCAAUACGAAGAUUGGGAAAGAAUAUAUAGGAUUUUAAUGAGAGACAACUGUAUUGGAGAAAAAUUAACGGACAAACCGAUUGAUGAUUAUGUAUCAUGUAGCAAUGAUGAUUUACCUAGACCUCACAGAAAAAAUGAAAUGCAUGCGGAUUUGAAUGAUAAUAUUUUCGUAAAUAUGAAUCGUCCGAAAAAAUUGCAUGGGCAUUGUAUGUUUUAUAAAGAAUGCGUAUGCCAUGACAAAAAUAAAAUCGUUUGAACAAACAACAUAGAU